UUUAUUCAAAAUAACACUUUUUGCACGUUUCCAUCCCUUUAGCCUUUGGCGAACCAAGGAUCGAGUCGAAACAGCAACAGCCGUUCUCACUCGAUUCGAGAUGUCUUCUGACUCGGACGAUGAGCCACAGCUGUCUGCGCACGCGCUCGAAGCUCUCAAGGAGUUUUAUACUGAAAAUCAGGCGUCAGCUGAGAGUAAUGCAGAGCAGAUGCCUUCUGAGAAUUGGCAACUUAGCCAGUUCUGGUACGACGAAGAAACUGCAACUGCAUUAGCCGAGGAAGCGAUACGCGAAGCAGGACCCUCAGGACGAAUUGCUUGCAUAUCUUGUCCAACUACAUACUACAAGCUGCAAUCCAUCAAACCAGAAGGCUGCCGGGCAGUCCUACUGGAAUUCGAUGAGCGGUUCCAGCAGCAUGGCGAAGACUUUGUUUUCUACGACUACAACAAACCACUGGAGUUGCCCGCAGAUGCCGCUGAGCAGGGAUCCUUUGAUAUUGUGCUGGCUGAUCCUCCCUUCCUGUCAGACGAAUGCUUAGAGAAGACGAGUCAAACUGUAAAGUACUUGAGCCGUGGAAAAGUGCUCUUGUGCACCGGAAAGAUCAUGGGAGAGGCAGCGGCACGGUUACUACAGGUGCGUGAAUGUCAAUUCCAACCGCGUCACUCGAAGGGCCUGGCCAACGAGUUCCGCUGCUUUGUGAACUACGACUCUCAACUCAGUUGAGGAGAGCGCUGGCACCCUGACAUCAUCUCCUUCAAUCUAUGGGUAACUACUAUUAUGCAGAACUAUUAUUUAUGCAUGCAAAUGCAUAGGUUUUAUGCAUUUGUGGCCUUGCUGGUAAGGUCUUACAGCUGUGAUGGUGUCCGCCACUGCUUGUUCAUCUUCUUGCCAUCAGUUCUGUGGCGGGUUUGCCAACUACCUCAAUACCAUUUGCUCAGUUGGUCUUGGGCAUUGUUAUUGUGAUUUCCAGCCUGGUAUCCAAUGCCGAUCGUUGCUCUCUGGAAGGACACGAGACUCAUGCUUUCCUGGACUGCAUCUAGACCAGUUGAAGACGGCGCGUAGUACUGCGGUCAUCCCCGGAAUUGUGCAGUCGUGUUCUGUGGGAGUGCGUACAUGCACGUACUUGAAACUAGAAGGCUGUUGCCCGCAGAUCAGCACAUCACAGCCGUGUUCCGCAUUGUCCACAUCGCACUACACUUGCUGUCUUGGGGAGCAGCAGGUGUAGCAGACCGGCUGUUUGGACGCUUGGUUGAGGUCGCUUACUGGAUCAGCUCCAGAGCGUUCCGCAAGUGCUUAUUACGUGUUACUUCAAGAAAUAUUUGGCUGCUGGGUCGGACGGUUUCUCCUGAUGUGGCUGACUGUAAAUGCCGCCCAUUGACAGAUGAUUGAUCAGUGAUCACAGUAACUGAGUUGCUGGUUGCGCACUGUUUACGUCGCUUGCUGCACUUGGGCAGGCACAGGCAUGGGCCAAGACUCUGUGACCAUUUGAUUACGAAGAACAACCAUACUACUAUUUGAAUUAUUUCACAGAGUUUCUCGCAAUUAUUAUGCUUCUCAUGACAAUUUUGAACUUGAGCCUCUUCACUGCUCAGGAAAGCGUCACAAUCGGGAGUCGUACGAGUACACACGACUCCGUAGUCACAGUCCACGAUUUUAACCUGCAUAUGAAUGCAGGGAUGUGUGUCUGCGUAGCCAGAGAAGUGUGUGCUUGCCAUUGCCUGGCUCAGUCAUUGCAAUAAUUAUCUGUGGCACAUCUCUAGCUCUGUGCUUAGCAUGACAAAGUUCUUUCCGGCUUCAAGUUUCACACCAGCUGGCUGGAAGAAGUAUUAUACCGGUACUUUACUACUCCCUGGUCUACAUACAUGUAAUGAUUGUACAUCAUGGUAUAUCCACAAUGUG